UACCGCUUAUAUUUUUAGCGCAGCCAUUUAUAAUGUCAUUGACCGAAGACACAUAAAGAUCAGUCCCAGUUAAAGAGCACCUGUAGCCUGUGUGUAUACAGGACAUGGUUGUGUUCAGGUUUGGUGUUAUUUUGACACCAGAGUGUUCAGAUGUCGAGUUGUUUAUAUUAGGCUCUCGGCCGGAGAUGGGACACUGGGAUCCGAACCGAGCCGUGAAGAUGAAUCCGAGCAGCUCGGUUCUGUCCAGCUGUGAACCAUGUCUGUGGAUCGGAGACGUGCAUCUGUCCGAACCGCACACAGAUCAGCUGUGGUUCAAGUUUAUAAAGCGUGUCGAUGGGAACUACAUUUGGGAAGGCAGUGGACCCCAUCAUGACCGGCAGUGUGUUUAUGACGACAGUAACAUGGUGGACGGGGUAUACUGCCACCCUAUUGGUCACUGGAUCGAGGAGACGGGCCACACAGAUGAGAUGAAACACACCACCAACUUCUACUUCAGCAUAGCGGGACAGCAGGCCAUCCACUUCUCUCAGGUGCUGCCUCGUGUCUGGUUAGGCAGCUGCCCUCGACGGGUCGAACAUGUAACCCUAAAGCUGAAACAAGAACUGGGUGUUACAGCAGUGAUGAACUUUCAGACAGAAUGGGAUGUCAUAAACAACUCACACGGCUGCCGGCGUGACCUCGGUCAACCCAUGACCCCAGAGACAAUGGUGCACCUGUACAAAGACUGUGGUCUUUCUUAUAUCUGGCUCCCCACCCCAGACAUGAGCACAGAAGGUCGCACACAGAUGCUGCCCCAGGCAGUGUUCCUGCUCUAUGGGCUGCUGAAGAACGGUCACACAGUAUAUGUUCACUGUAACGCAGGAGUGGGUCGUUCCACUGCGGCAGUGUGUGGACUCCUGAUGUAUGUGUUAGGCUGGAGACUCAGAAAAGUGCAGUACUACCUCACUGCCAGAAGGGCGGCAGUCUAUAUUGAUGAGGAAGCGCUGAACACCAGUUUCACCCGGUUAUUGUUCAUUCAUCUUGACAUGGUCGUCAUUUGAAAAGGCACCUUGAGGCAAUUGUCGACCGGACUGCUAAUGUGAUGGUUAUUGUUUGACUAUCUGCCCCUUUUCUCCUCUAACAUGCCACUUUCAUUCAUUUAUGAAUGUAACUCAAUAUUCUUGUUAUAUAUUUAGCACAGCAAUUUCCCUGCCCUUGAAAUAAGCUGCCAUAAUGAAAAGCGCUUUCACCUGACCUUUAAAUAAAUAGAGACUAGUGUCACCACACUGAGAGACUUUAUGUGAAAAUUGAAAAAAGUUUUGCUUCAGAAAAGAAAAAGCGGUUCAGUGGGUUGAGCAGAAGGUACCAUUAAUGAAACUCAAUCUCAAUAAAUCAGUGAGUGAGAGAGCGUAAGACAGAAAGGGAGACAUACAUAAAAGCAUAAUAAAAAAGACUGUGUACCACAAAAAUGGGUAAAUCAUUCUAAUAUGCUGAUUUGCUGCUCAAGAAACAUUUCUUAGUAUUAUCAAUGUUGAAAUCAGUUUCUGAUUGUUGAAACAUGUAUUUUUUCAGGAUUCUUCUAUGAAUAUAAAGUUAAUAAGAACCACAUUUAUUGGAAAUAGAAGUCUUUUGUAACAUUAUAAUGUCUUUACUGACACUUCUAAUCAAUUUAAAUGGUUAGUUUACCCAUAAAUGUAAAAGUUGUCAUCAAUUACUCACCCUCAUGUUGUUACAAAUCUGUAAAAUUUUCAUUGUCUACACAACUACCACUACGAACCUUCAAAAAGUUCAUAAAGAGACCGUAAAACUAAUCCAUAUGAAUCGAGCGGUUUAGUCCAAAUUUUCAAAGGAUACACAAUCACUUUAUGUGAUGAACCGAUUUAAUUUAAGCUAUUAUUCACAUAUAAACAUUGAUCAGCGAACAUAAAACAAACUCAGCUUGACGUGAGAACAAACCUCAUUGGUUCUUGCUGAAGCUCAAACGUGAUGCGUAACACAAGAACGAACCUCAUUGGUUCUUGCUGAAGCUUAAAUGUGCUGUGUAACACAUGAGAAUGAACCUCAUUGGUUCUUGCUGAAGCUCAAAUGUGAUGCGUAACACAAGAACGAACCUCAUUGGUUCUUGAGGAAGCUCAAAUGUGCUGCGUAACACACGAGAAUGAACUUCACUGGUACUUGCGGAAGCUCAAAUGUGCUGCGUAACACGAGAACGAACCUCAUUGGUUCUUGCUGAAGCUCAAACGUGCUGGAUAACAAAUGAGAAUGAACCUUUGUUAACCUAAUUAUUUGAACGUGUCCUCCAGAACUUUGUUAAUAAAACAUCAUUUAAACAAUUGAAAAAAAUCUUACUGACCCCAAACUUUUGAAUGGCAUAGUCUGUUUAGAUAUUUCUACUGGAGAACACACGAUACAUAUAAAGAGAAUUAUUUUUUGCAGUGUAGUCAUCCAUUCCUAUAGUUAAAUUUGUGUUUGCCUUGAGCGCUCACGCUCAAACAGAAGAGAGUCAAGGAUGAGUCACCAUGAACUAUUAUUUCACACAACAAUACUCACCCUGAUCCACGGUUAGCAUCUCAACUCAUUGGUGCUCCACCUUUAAAUAAAAACGACCUCCACACAGCAAAUUGACACCACCUCUGAGGUGAAUAUACACAGUCUAUUCCAGGACUGAGAUAAACAGCUUUGGUGUUUUGAGUAUAAAGUUAUCAUCUGUUUCUCUGUGUAGGUGAAGUAUUAUACAGUCACAUGAUCUUUUACAAAGCGACUGAGCUGGUUCAAAAGGCUAAUAUUAUUCAUUUUUAUUUACGUUAUCCUAAUGCAGUCCUUUGUCCUGUGCCUCACUGAAAGAAUAAGAGUCUUUAUUUGGAUUGGAAGACAGAGGAAGAAUAAAGAUAAAAGAAAGUAUUCUUGCAGUUUUGCUUAAAAGCAGAAUUUAUUAUGGAAGUAUUGAGUAAAUACAAUGCAAAGAAAGUGUGUGUGUGUGGCAGAAGAUGACCUGUCACAGAUAUUUAGGUGUGUCUUUAAUAAUUCCACUGUGUGUGUGUCAUUCAGAGGUCAUGACUUGUCAUUAUCAGAAGUAUAAAAUCCAAUCUUUUCCAGCUCCUCACACUCUUUUCCCCAUUUACGGAGCCGAUGCCCCCGUUCCAUACACCUCCACUACAGAAAAGGCAGAUCUGGGUCCAGCCUUGCAGAACUUGCUGGUUUCAACCAACCAGGAGAUAUAAGCAACAGCAACAAUUUUUAUUACAUACUAU